AUUGCAAAGUAGUUCAUAUCAUCAGAUGGAUUGACUGAUUGUUAUUGUACUAUAAAUUUCAACAUGUAAUAUUAAUUUCACUUUUACACAUUUAUUGAAGUAAUGGCCACUUUGGAUGCCUGCUUGGAUGAUUGUAUACUACUUGCAAAAUCAUUUGAAAGUGACCUGGCUUACACUGUAUACGAUUGGAAUAAAAAAUAUGAAUGCAAAACUUUGAGCAGUUCUGAUUUCAAGCAAUUUUGGGCAAAAAAUGUUCCUGUAAUUUACAGCCCAACAUUGGACUGUGACUGUCUUAAUUUAACUUACGAUGAAGAAAAGGCGAACAAGGUUUUAUUUGAACCUCUUGAACAAUUUGUGUGUGGAAGCAAAGAUCCUUCACAGGUGUUUGAAUAUUUAAAAUCACUUAGUGAAACUCCUUCAUUAUGUGGUAAAGUAUUCAAGGCAGGGGAGCCCACAUAUUCUUGUAGAGAUUGUGGGCUCGAUCAAACAUGUGUACUCUGUGUGGAUUGUUUUCGAAACAGUGCUCAUAGGCUACAUCGAUAUAAAAUGAGUGCAAGUGGAGGUGGAGGAUAUUGUGAUUGUGGAGAUGAAGAAGCUUGGAAAACUCAUAGUUAUUGUGACAAUCAUCAUCGUGGAAAAUCUCAAGUUCAACAAGACACUUGUCCAUUGGAUAAAUUACCUCCUGAGAUUGUUGAACGAUUACGAAUGUUAAUGAAUAUUGUCCUUAAUUAUUGUCAUUUAAUGCUGACUUGGGAUCAAAGAAUUAGCUUACCUCCCGACUUAGAAUCCGAUCAUCCGAAUGUGGGGAAGAAUGAAUUGCCUGAUAUUUAUUGCACAGUUCUCUUCAAUGAUGAAACUCACACUUAUGACCAGGUUAUCGAAACUUUAGGCAAAGCUAUUAGUUGUUCGAAAAAAGCUGCAAUAGAUUUUGCGACUAUGAUUGAUCGAGAAGGUCGUAGUAUUGUCAAGUGCUCAACUUUUAAUGUCUGCAAUCAGGUACGGCAUGUGAUUGAAAGAGUAACUUCAAGACAAGCAAGCAAGCUUAAUGUAUGUGUGAUGCAUUCUGAAGUUAUUGCUCAUCAAACAUUUGCUCUGAAGCUUCUUAACUGGAUGCAGAAAAUUGUGUCCCUGAAUGAAGGAUUUUGUCAUGUUUUCACCACUGAAAUAUUGGAUGAUGACCUUCUGGAAAAAGUGAUGCUUGUUGAUACGAAGUUGUGGAAAACUGCACGAAACCAGUGGCAUCAGCUGUUCAUCAGUGGCAUGUUGAUGGAAUUGCACUGUAAAAAAGCAUUUGCAAAGUGUUUUACAUCUGUCUACCCAAGACUAAUGCAAGAUUUUAUCGCUGAUGACCAUGAACAUUCUAUUUCAGUGACUUCUUUGUCAGUUCAGAUAUUUACUGUUCCUACAUUGGCUCAUGCUUUGAUUCAAGAAGAAAAUGCAAUUACCGUGGUGCUAAGAGCCUUUUUGGCUGAAUGUGAAAGAAAUAAAAACGAAGAAGGUAAACUCGCUUUUCAAAGGAAUCAAAAUAAUAACAGUUUCAGGAGAGCUCAAUAUAUGUUGUACGAUUUAAGCUAUUUAGUCACUGUUACACCAUCUCAGUGGAAUGAUCAACUGAGGAAGAACUUUCGAUGCGGCAUGCAAUCAUUUUUUACACUGUUAAGUAUGAUGCAAGGUAUGGAUGCUGUUGUGAGACAAAUAGGUCAACAUGUUGAAUAUGAAGCUGAAUGGGAAACUGGAAUAAAUUUGCAGCUUAAAGUUGCAACUAUUAUGUCACUUAUGCUCAAGUGGUGUGGAUCUGAUUAUAGUGUCUUUGUCAAAACUUUUCGCAACAAUCUGAAGCACUUUCAAAACUCACAAUCAAAAAUAACCUGCGUUGGAGUAGAGUUGGCCAACCAUUCAGCAUCAUGUAUUGAAUAUAAUGUUGCUACAGAGCCUGUUACUAUUCAUUUACCAUUAGUAAGGUUUAUAGCUGGCCUUUUCUUGCACUUUGAGAAAUUCAAUCUCUCAUAUGAAGGACCACAGUUUGUAAUGGAAAAUGUUGAAAGGCCUAGUCCUGAGCAGUUGAUGGAACUUCCUCUAAGAACUUUGGUAAUGUUAGCUCAGUUCCGUGCAGGAAUGUGGAGGAGGAAUGGAUAUUCCUUGUUGAAUCAAGUGUACUUUUACCACAAUGUUCGCCUCAGAGAUGAGAUGUAUGAUAAGGACAUAUUAAUGUUACAAAUAGCAGCUUCUAUGAUUGAAAGCAACGAGUUUCUUAUUCAUUUAAUUUAUAAGUAUGGUUUACUCAAUUGGGCUGCUGAAAAUUAUGAUGGUACCAACCGCAAAUCAGAGGAUGAUAAUAUUCGUCAAAUUUUGACCAUUGCUGAAGAAUUUUUAAGUCUUGUUUUAGUGCUUGUGUCUGAAAGAUAUGUUCCAGGAUUAGGAAGUGUUACUGAAGCUGAAAAAAUUAAAAAAGAAAUCAUUCAGUUACUUUGUAUCGAGCCUAUGCCCCACAGUCAGUUGUUUAAGAUGUUGCCAAAAGAUCCUAGUGAUGAAACUGGAAUGGAGAAAGUUGUUAAUGAAGUUGCAAAUUUCAAGAAACCUCAAGGAUCUGGCACAGGAAAAUAUGAGCUAAAACCUGAGUAUUAUAAAUGCUUUAAUCCUUUUUACUAUCAUUAUACUAGGGAAGAACAGUCAAAAGCAGAAGAAAUUCAGGCAAAAAGAAAGAAACAGAAUUGUGAAGAAAUGUGUUGCUUACCUCCUGUUCCACCUGCAUUUUGUCCAAGAUAUGCUAUAAUAACCAACAUUCUCCAGUGUGAUGUCAUGCUGCAUGUUAUGGAGUUAGUUUUGAAAAGAACAGUUAAUCUGCAUUCAUCUGCCUUUUCUGAAACACAACUGGAAAAAGUUUUGCACUUAAUGGGAAUUGCAUUGCAUGAGGAAGAACGUGCCACUAGUACUGAAAAAGAGAGUUCUUUCUUCUGUUUCACUGCACGAGCUAAUAAAAAAGAUUUUAUAAACUUAUUGGAGGAAUGUCUAAAAUCUCCACGUGUAGAUUUAUGUGGUGAGGCUCCUAAGGACCUUUUACGUUGGGUUAUAAAUAAAUUUAAAGCAGUUGAAGCUCUACAUGCGAGAAGUGAUACAGAGACUCCUGAUGUUGAUGCAAUUCAAUCAACUUCUAGUUCUUGUGAAAAUACUGUUCAAGAUAGGAAGCGCAAGGCUGAGAUGGCUGCAGCUAGGAGGGCUCGAAUAAUGGCACAAAUGUCUGCCAUGCAAAAAAGUUUCAUCAAAGAGCAUGCAGAUAUGUUUAAGGAUACCUUGAUAGAAGAUUCUUCUAAUUUAUCCAAAUCAGAAAUGGACAUAUAUGUUGAAUUAUGUACUGACGACCCGGUUUGUUUUUAUUCAGAUACCAGGUGGACUUCACUUUCAAAUAAAGUUUAUACGUGUAUCCUGUGUCGUGAAGAUCAAGCACUAACAUGUUCAGGACGUGCAUUAGUUUUAGCUGCAUUUGUACAGAAGUCAUCAAUUUUAUCAAAAAAUCGAAAGCACCAAUUGAUAGAGCCAGAAUUAUAUGAUCCUUUGUUAUUGCCGUCUGAUUUAUUCUCAGCUCCUCACAUUAGCACUUGUGGUCAUGUAAUGCACAGUGACUGUUGGCAGAAAUUUUUUGAGUCUGUCCUUCAUAAAGAGCAAAGAAGACCAUUACGUUUUGGAAGGCACACUAGUUUCGAUGUUGAGAAAAAUGAGUUCUUGUGUCCUUUAUGUGAAAGACUGAGUAAUAGUGUUAUUCCCCUCAUACCUCAAUUGUCAGUACUCAUUCCAUCAUCACAACCAGCUAAAGCAAGAGCAAUGCCAGUUGAUGAUUGGCUAAGCAUCAUGAAAAAAGUUUUAGAGGGCUUUCAGUUGGAAAAAACCAAUUUACCUCCUGAUGAUGAAAGAUUGAAACAUUUUCCAUUUUCUUAUCGAGCUCAAACUGUUGAAGAUGCCACAAAAGAAAUAAGUGAAUUCAAUAUUGAUAAAUUCCAAGAUUUGUUUUCAGCAUUUGAGAGUGAUAAUAUUGACGAAUCUGUACCUUCAUUUUCACAAAAUUUAAUUGAUAUGAUGAAGCUGUUCACUGAAGCUACUUAUACAGUUGGCCUAAAUGUUGUCGUCAAUGAAUCCGAUGUUCGGAUAAUAUCCAUGUCUUGGUGGGCAUGCACGUACACCAUUCAUGCUAUGGAGUGGAUGUUGCGAGAUAAGAAGAAAGCAUUAUUUGGUGCACAUUCUUCUAGAAAUGCCCUUUGCCUGGAUGCAAUAACUAGAUUUUGUGGAGCCAGCUUGCUCAUUUUCGAUCAUGAUGUCGUCCGUACAAACUGCAUUCGUAUCUUACGUUACCUAGUAUUGGGAGAACAUCAUGUGUCCAGUCCCCAGUGCUGCUUGGAUAUGGAUGCUUUCUCUAUGCUUGUUUUCCUCGUUCUAUCCAUGCCCGUUUUAUUUGAGCAUUCUGAUCAAGAGAAACAACGCAUUUUGCAUCCCUUGGGAUCAUCACUUGAUAAACAUUUGCUGCAUCUUAUGCUGAUUUUUCACUUUGUACAAGUUCUUCUUACAUAUCCAUUUCAUGAAGAAGAAAAUAUGGAAACAGAUGACGUCUCCAGUGACGGUGAAGAUCCAAAAAUGCAAGGAGAAAACUUUAUUGCUUCUGUUUUUUAUGAAGAAAUGAGGAUGGCUGCUGCCUCCCACCAGUGGAUAUCAGCUCCGUCCAGACACUCUAUUGUCCAUUGCUUGAAAGUAGGCUCUCUGCCAUUUCUCAGAUGUGCUGCUAUCUUCUUUCAUGUAUUGACAGACACUCCUCCUCCACCUUCUCUUCAGGAAAUAAAUGAUUGUGAGUUUGAGAACAUUUGUAAAUACCUUGGUUUGCCUCCAACCCUUGACGAGCUUCUUGCAUCAACAUCUUUAAGGCAGUUAGCUUUAAGUUGGGCAAGACAUCCACGAGUAUUACACCUCCUGCUUAUGACACCAGAGCAGACUGGAACCGAGAUCUUAGUCCGACAUCCUUUUUCCAUCAAUAAAUUAGUUCCUUUACCAUCAGACUAUAGUGAACUGAUCAACAGUGUUUCUCAAUUCACGUGCCCCAAAUCAGAUGCAGAUGACAGUCGUAACCCCACCAUGUGCCUAAUUUGUGGUACAGUCCUCUGUUCACAGAGUUAUUGCUGCCAAAUAGACCUCAACGGGAGCCUUGUUGGUGCUUGUACACAUCAUGCUCAUUUUUGUGGCUCUGGAGUUGGCAUAUUUUUGAGGAUCAGGGAUUGUAAAGUAUUGCUGCUGUCAGAUAAAAAUAAAGGCUGCUUCAUUCCACCCCCAUACGUAGAUGAAUACGGAGAAACAGACCAGGGUCUGUUUCGAGGCAAUCCCCUGCACCUCUGUCCUGAGAGAUAUGAAGAGCUUCAUGAACUUUGGCUGAGUCACAACGUACCUGAGCGAGUGUCACAUAACAUGGAGCAGUCCACCACCCUCCCCAACUGGCAACUCUUGUGACACCAUUUUUCUGAUAGAUAAUUUAUUUUCUGUAUUAGUUGUGGAACAGAGAGUAUUUGUUUAGCUUUCCGUCUCGGAGUUGAUCUUUCAGCAAUUGUAUUGUAAAGUUUUCCUGUGAUCUUGAUUGUUCUUAAACCAUGUGAUCAGUGCAUGCCUGAAUUGCAGGAUUGGUCUCAUGAAGUUCGAACAUUUUUUUUUUCUUUUUUGUAAUGUGAGUUACUGAUUGAUAUUGUAAGUAAAUCACUAAAUUUUAUUGACCUUCACAGCUUGACUGCCCUGUUUGAUUUUAAAGUCUGAAUGUUUAUUGUGGUUUAAGGAAAUGGACAAUUUUUAUUUGUUAUUGUACAGAUUUUACAGAUGUUCUUUUCCUUGCAUUUAUUGUUCUUUUGUUGAAUAUUUUAAGCUUUAUUAUGUAUUUAAAUCAGGGCUCAAUUGUGGUACAAAAAACUCACUAAAAUUAUUGUACGAUUAAAUAUAUUAUUAAAGAUUGAAUA